AUGCACGAAGAACUGGUAACUGUAUUUAAUCCAGGGAAAGGAAUUUAUGGGUUGAGAGACAGGUGUCUUGACCUGGCUUUUGUGUUAAGCAAUCAAGUUGAAGAAACAUUCCCACUACUUAAAGAGGUACCUGCAAAGUAUAUUUAUUCAACCAUCCCAAUGGGAUUUUCCCUUAGUAAAUCUGCUACUCAGGUAUCUGCUAUGCAUAUGGAUUCAAAAGUGGAUGAUCAUUUGAUGCGAGGGACUGAGAAAAGCAAGUUGGAACCAGUGACUCAAUUAUUUCAAAACACCAAGAAAAUAAGAUUAGAAGACACAAACGAAGAACACUUUACAAGAAGUAAAGCGAUUGGCUCAGGAUCUCUUUCAGAGAAAACCUUGGGUUCUGUGGUAUAUGUUAAAGAAAAUGAUGGAAUGGAAAUGACAGAUGUGGAAUGAAGUUAUUUGUACAUACUGCCAAAGAAACCAGAAUUUGCUUUUAACUAAGAGAGCAUGUUGAAUGAGAACUUAACCUUAUCAGAAAAAUCUAACAAAAUGAAGGUAGACAAUUGCUUAUUUUUCACUAUUUAUGAAUCACAUUAGACUUCACUUUUUUGAUACGUAUUCAAAAAAGUUAAUGUUUUAGGGGGAAAAAACUUUCCAAAAUUCAAAGCAAAAUUUUCUGGCAUUCUAUCCUUGUCAAAAAUCAGAAUUUUUGAAUAACAGUAUUUAAAUGGUACCAAAAUAUUUUAAUUGUAAUGUAUUUCUUUAACAAGUGAUCAAAAAACAGUGCCCAAACAAUUUGACAUCUGUAUUUCACACUAUGUGUGGUAUACCAAUUUUGUAAGAUUUAUAGUUUGGAAUUUUGCUUUAGGGUAUUUUAUCUUCCUGCAUUUUUGCAUUUCUGUUCUGUAAAAGAUCACUUCAGGUAAACUCUACAAAAGACCAAUAAAUUACGUACCUUGAGAAGCAUUUCACAUUUUAAAUCAUCCUUUUAAAACUGUUUUCCCCCACAAUGAAUUCAUUUCAAAAUUACAAAAUAGUUAUUUCCAAGUAUAAUAGUUUAUCUUAUAGAUACUACCAUUUUAUACUACUAAUAUUUAAUAUAAAAAAGCAGCCUAUUAUUAAAAAAAAUUGUUUUAUAUAUAUCAGUUUGCCGUUCUUACUGAAAUGUCUAGUAGUUUGAGACAGCAGUAUUGUCCCAGGUAUUGAGAGAUGAAAUUGAAAUCAUUUUGUGUCUGGACAUAUAGUGACCUGUAACUAUAUUAUGUAUGUUUUGAACAUUUUCCUCUACUUUAAUAUUUAUUGGCUAUUUCUAAUGCCCAAUUGUGAGUAAUCUCCAUGAUAUUCAUAAAAACAAAGAUGAAAAGGCAUCUUCUUUUAGGGGAAGCAAUAUUUUAUAAAUCAAAAAAAUACAAAUGUGAUAUAUUUGUAGGGAAUAUUGAGCUUAGAGCUAAAUAAAAUUGUUGAAUGGGACAUAAGCUAGUAGGAUGAUGCUUUUUAUCAUUUACAGAACAUAAUUCUUUGGGAGAGAAAAAAACUCAAGUCUUUCAUUUGUUCACCUAACCUGGCACUGUGCUUGUUGCUGGGGAUAUAGUGGUCAAUAAAAUAGCCACUGCCAUCAUAGUGUUUACUGUUUGUCUGCCAGGGAAGAUAGAACAUCAGACAGUAAUUAUGUAAGAUACAAAUUAUGAUGUGCCGUGAAGAAAAAGUAAAAUGUCCAGAAGGACAGGACACAUAACACAUAAACCUGAUUUUUAAUUGUGGAACUAGGAAGUUUUCCCUAAGGUCAUGUCAUUUAUAGCUUUUGCAGUGACAUAGUUGUCCAAGUAAGAUGAUGGUAAUGGUCAAUGUCUUGAGAAGGGGAUAGAGUCCUGGUGAAGGUUAGCAGGACAGAAUGAUGGUUUGAAAGUGAGAAGGAAGGAAAAAGAAAGGAACUCCAGCUAAAAAGGCUAUUGCACAGAGGUUCUCUGGGGGAAAAGACUGAACUCAGGAGCAUGGUUUUGGCACAUAACCCAGUUUCCAAGGCAAGUAGACAGUUAUAUGUAUGUAACUAAAAAAUUUUGAAGUAGUAUACAGAAAUGGUAUUGAAAGCCUUGGGAAUGAAUGAGAUUGCUGAAGGUGAAUGUAUAGUGUGAGCCAAAGUCUUGAGGAACUCAAACAUUUAGGAGCUGGUCAGCAUGGGGGAGCUAGCAAAGGGAACUGAGGAGUUGGCAGUGAGAUAGUAAAAAACUAAGACAAGGUAAUGUCAAGACUGCCCACAGUAGUUGUUAUGGUGGAGGUAGUCAACUGAAAGGUCAGACAAGGAUGGAAAGGUCCAUUGGAUCUAGCAAUAUGAAAUGUCACAGUAACCUUAGCAAAAACCACUUUCUUUUUUUUUUUUUUUUUUAACAGGGGCUUGGCUCAGAUAUUUACAGCCUUGUUUUUCAUCUCCCUGAAUGUCAAACAGAACAUUUGAUAGUCAUGUCGGAUGUUGAAUUUGAGAUGAUCUUUCAUUGUGCAUGAUGCCUCCUGCAUUGCAGGUUGUGAAAUACAGUAGCACACUCCAGUCACUGAGACUAUAAAAAAUGCAAACAUUUAUUACCCUCACUGAGAACCAUUGCUGCCAAGACAACAGAAAAUUGGAAUCCCCAAAUCCAAUCUAAGCCAUAAUUUUAGCAGCCCACUCAAGAAGGGAAAUCCAAAAAGACUUCCUGGAAGAAGGUGGAAUGGAACAAGCUUAAUAAGGACAAUAUCCUCACUUAGAUGUUUUGGGAGAAUUCUAUAAGUGGUAUCUUAAAGGGGCUACUUUUCAGAGUUCUCUUGUUUCUAAUAAGAGCAAAUUCCCCAUAUAAAAAGGUGUAGUUCAGCAGAAAUAAGGAUGUUAGGAGACUUUAAAUCCAACAUAUCCAUAAAAUAAGGUAUCUAAACCUAUUAUACAUGCAUUGGUGUUGUCAUGGAUGCUAAUAAUAAAAGCUUUCAUUUAUUGAGCUAGUGUGUGACUAUCUUAAUUGGGACUCCCUAGA